CCAUGCACGGUAGUUCCUCCUCACCCUUCAGUCAGCCGUCACGUGGUAUCCGCCGCAAGCAUGCGAGCUUCCAUCAUCAGAGACGACAUCGAGGAGAUGGGGGUGUGUUUUCUCCACGCCCUCCCGCCCCAUGACGCUUCAUCGACGGACUCUUCUUCGGAUCCACGCAUCACCGAGUUUCUCGACGCCUACAGCAACGUGUUCGAAGGCCCGCACAGAGUAGUACUGGAUCGGCCCAUCCGCCACGAGAUCAUCCUCGAGGACGGGGCCGUACCUCCACGCGGUUGCAUCUACCGAAUGAGCGAGGAAGAGUCGAGUGUGCUCCGGGCACAACUCGACAACCUUCCGGAGAAAGGCUGGAUUCGGCCUAGCUCAUCGCAAUACGGUGCUCCUGUUCUCUUCAUCCAGAAGAAGAACAAGGAUUUGCGGUUGUGCAUCGAUUAUCGCAAGCUCAACGCGCAGACGAUCAAAAACGCCGACCCUCUCCCACGCAUCGAUGAUCUUCUCGAGCGACUGGGCGGCGCCAAGUUCUUCUCCAAGCUCGAUCUCAAGUCGGGAUAUCACCAACUCGGAUAUCACCAACUCGAGAUCCGGCAAGAGGAUCGCUACAAGACCGCGUUUAAGACGCGAUAUGGGCAUUUCGAAUGGUUGGUUAUGCCAUUUGGCCUUACGAAUGCCCCGACCACUUUCCAAGCGGCUAUGACAAUGGAGUUCCGACACAUGCUGGAUCGAUACGUACUUAUCUACCUCGACGACAUCUUUGUGUACAGCCGAAGUUUGGAGGAGCAUGUGGAACACCUGCGCAUCCGUCCGCUUGCCGACAAGAUUGAGGCCCUACGAGAAUGGCCCGAACCCACCAACACCACGGACGUUCAUUCAUUCAUGGGGUUGGCGGGCUACUAUCAGCGAUUCAUCACCGGAUACUCCAGGAUUGCUGCACCUAUGACGAGGUUACAGUCGCCAAAGGUGCCAUUCGUAUUCGAUGAUGACGCGCGCCGGUCAUUCCAAGCACUCAAGACAGCCAUGCUCAUGGCACCCGUCCUUAGCAUAUAUGACCCCGUCCUGGCUACGAGAGUGACUACGGACGCUUCCGGAUAUGGCAUUGGGGCAGUCUUGGAACAGCACGACGUCGACGACUGGCACCCUGUGGAGUAUUUCAGCCACAAAGUGCCUCCCAUCAACUCGCUUGAUGAUGCAAGGAAGGAGCUGCUCGCAUUCGUCAUGGCUCUCAAGCGACGGCGACACUUCCUCCUUGGGCGUCGUAGGUUCACAUGGGUUACGGACAACAAUCCAUUGACCUACUACAAGACGCAGGAUACGGUGAGCAGCACGAUCGGACGAUGGAUGUACUUCAUCGACCAACUUGACUUCACACCGAAACAUCUUCCCGGCCUCUCCAAUCGCUCAGCAGAUGCACUCUCGCGAAGACCCGAUCUUUGCGCUAUGACACAUCAUGCAUUCGACGAGGAGCUUCAGCGACAAUUCAUCCGGGCAUAUCAGUCUGAUCCGGACCUCUCCACGCUGUAUGCACAACUAUCUUCGGAUCACCCGCCGGCCAGCCACUAUCGCAUUGCCGACGGGUACUUGCUCCUCCACUCGAGAGGCAAGGACUUACUAUGUGUCCCACGCGACCGCCGUCUACGGACUCGCCUCCUCGGCGAGUAUCAUGAUUCACGACUCGCCGGCCAUUUCGGAGUCAACCGCACUAUUGCACGGCUUCGACAGCGAUUCCGAUGGCCCGAUCUCAUUACCGAUGUCACUCGGUAUUGCGACUCUUGCGAAGUUUGCCGACGCAGCAAGCCCCGCAACCGCAAUCCCUACGGCGAGUUACAUCCGAUGCCUAUCCCACGGGAACCCGGGCUCUCCAUUGCCAUGGACGUCACCGGUCCGUUCCCUCGCGACCGGCAUCCUCACGGUUGUGGACCGAUUGAAGUGUGGAGAGAUACUGGCGGAGGCCAGUGGUACUUACCUGUGGUGCCAUCGCUCCAGCGCCAUCUUCAAGGUACCUGCAUCAAGGCGCCAACUUCACAGACUCGGUUUCAUCCCUGUGACCCAACCAAGCUGGUCACUGCAUCUGUUGAUGGGUUGAUAUGUGUUCUAGACACAUCCACGACAUUCGAUGAGGAUGACUGCAUCCUAGGGGUACUCAAUCUUGAGACAUCGGUCUCUAGGGUAGGUUACUAUGGAGCAUCUGCUGAGCGGUUAUGGGCGCUUACAAAUAUAGAGACUCUGAGGGCCUCUUCCUCGUAUUGACAAUCUUCUUGAGCGUUUGGGCGGCGCGAAGUAUUUUCCAAAUCAGACUUGAAGUCGGGCUAUCAACAAAUUUCGAUACGCCCG